GCCUCCCCGUCCCGUCCUAUCACCCCUGUCUCGUCUGCCCCGUCUCCCUCCUGCUCUGCUCCUGCCCCUGCCGGCCCGAUUCAUGUCGCCGCGAUGCCCGGCUGACGUAACGAAACAUCAACAAGACCCUCGCCCCCGCCGCCCCCGCGCCGACGCGUCGACCCGCUUACGUCAGCCGUUCCACCGUCCGCAGACGCGUCGACCCGCGCUUUGCCUCUCCCUUCUUUUUCCCUCCUCCUCUCCCCCCUCUACUCCCCACCACACUCCCCACGCCCCUUCCCGCAGGGCUGUUGCGCCGCCGGCGUCUUCUUCACCGUUGCCCGCCGGGCGCCAUGCGGGCCCAGCACUAGUGCACUACGCUUCUAUUAUCCACUCGGCUUGAGCGCCCGCGCACCCGACGUCGCCUCGCCUCGCCUCCGCCAGCUUUAUCGCCUCUGGCAGCGCCUUGGCCAUUGCCGCUGGCGCU